UCCUCGGAAAUGAGGGAUGAACCGUUCGAGUCAUGCAUUGCGAGACUGAAACUUGCAACAGCGUUUCUGUGCUGAACUGAAGUAUUGUGCUUAUGAGUAUGAUGCAUGGGACCUUGGGCUUUUUUUCCUUUUUUCUUUUCUUUUUCCCCUUCCUUUUGGUGGUUUGAAAGUGGAUCUAUUGUUGUUGGAUUGUCGGCAAGAAAGUGCCGUCGCUGUGGAAAAGAAAGGGCAUUCGGAAACUGGCUCCCACUGAGUGUACCAGAGCCUGGUUGGGUUUCUUCUCUGAGGGCUGGGUCUUUCUCUGGUUCUGGUGUUCUACUAUGUUGGUUUUGGGGUGUGUUUGUUGUACUGUUAUCCUAUCUAUGUGCAGGGUUGCAGAUCCAGCUUCAUAGCUUCAUAGCUGGAUAGCUGGAUAGCUCAAUAGCUCAACCUGGCAGCUUGCGUGGACU